AGCAAUGUACAACAGUAUGACAGUAUAACAGCGAUCUCACCCGUUGUAUAUAAAUUUGAACGAACACUUGCUGUUUGUACGCCGGGAACAACAGACGGAAUACAAAAUGACCAAGACAAAAGUGUACGUUAUCGGAGUCGGCAUGACCAAGUUCGAGAAGCCUGGUCGCCGUGCCGAUGUUUGCUAUCCCGACUUUGCCAAGGAGGCGGUGACCAAGGCUCUACAGGAUGCCAACAUCAAGUUCGACGAGGUGCAACAGGCUGUCGUUGGUUACGUCUAUGGUGACUCCACCUGCGGCCAGCGUGCUGUCUACGAGGUGGGCAUGACAGGCAUCCCGGUGUACAAUGUGAACAACAAUUGCUCCACGGGCUCCAGUGCCUUGUAUCUGGGAAAGCAGAUAAUCGAGUCGGGCAAUGCUGAUUGUGUGCUCGCCCUUGGCUUCGAGAAGAUGGAGCGUGGUUCUCUGGCCUCCAAAUACUUUGAUCGCGCCAAUCCCAUGGAGCGCCACAUCACAGAAAUGGGUGAGCUCACCGAGAUCGGAGCUGGUCCCAUGGCAGCCCAGAUCUUUGGCAAUGCUGGCAAAGAACAUAUGAAGAAGUACGGCACAAAGCCCGAACAUUUCGGCAAGAUUGCCUGGAAGAACCACAAACAUUCGGUCAAUAAUCCAUACUCGCAGUUCCGCGAUGAAUAUACGCUGGAUCAGAUUAUGAAGUCGCCUCAGGUGGUCGAAGGUGUACUGACUAAACUGCAGUGCUGCCCCACUUCCGAUGGCUCUGGUGCUGCCAUUCUGGCAUCUGAGCAGUUCGUGCGUCGUCAUGGUCUGGAGAAGCAGGCUGUAGAGAUCGUGGGCAUGGAGAUGGCCAGUGACCCAGAGUCUACCUUUGCCGACAAAAGCCUAAUGAAGAUUGCUGGUUAUGACAUGACUCGCCUGGCCACACAGCGUCUGUUCGCGAAGAGUGGUUACAAGCCACAGGAUGUGCAGGUUGUUGAGUUGCACGAUUGCUUCUCGGCCAACGAGCUGGUGACCUAUGAGGCGCUGGGUCUUUGCGCCGAGGGCAAGGCUGGCGAGUUCAUUGAUGCUGGUGACAACACCUACGGAGGCAAGUUUGUGGUCAAUCCCAGUGGUGGACUGAUCUCUAAGGGUCAUCCUCUGGGUGCCACAGGUCUGGCUCAGUGUGCUGAGCUCUGCUGGCAGCUGCGUGGUCUGGCCGAGAAGCGUCAAGUGGCCAAUGUGGAGCUGGCACUGCAACACAAUUUGGGUCUGGGUGGCGCUGUUGUUGUGGGUCUCUAUCGAUUGGGUUUCCCUGGUGCCAGCAAGGCAAAGUUGUAGAUGUUGAAUUUGUUUGUUUUUGUAAAUAUAUUCUAUGUAUUAUUGUUGUCUUUUAAAUAA